CCAGCCGCAUCACACCAGGGUCGGAAUGACAGCGGGGAGGAGAACGUCCCUAUAGACCUCAGCAGAGAACCAAGUGAUAACCUCAGAGAAAUUUUGCAAAAUGUGGUCAAACUUCAUGGAGUCUCAAACAUGCGGAAGUUGGGUCACCUGAACAAUUUUAUUAAGCUUCUAUGCAACGUUGGCCACAAUGAAGAAAAAUUAGGCUUUAUGUAUGAAGACAUAAUUAUUUGCUUGCGAUUAGCUUUGUUAAAUGAAGCAAAAGAAGUGCGAGCAGCGGGCCUCCGAGCUCUUCGUUAUCUUAUCAGAGAUUCCAGUAUUUUACAGAAGGUGCUAAUGUUAAAAGUAGACUACCUGAUAGCCAGGUGUAUAGAUAUUCAGCAGAGUAAUGAAGUCGAGAGGACGCAAGCGCUUCGACUAGUACGAAAGAUGAUUACUGUGAAUGCUUCCUUAUUCCCUAGCUCUAUAACCAAUUCCCUGAUAGCAGUUGGAAAUGACGGCCUUCAGGAGAGGGACAGGAUGGUUCGGGCCUGCAUUGCUGUUAUAUGUGAACUAGCACUUCAGAACCCGGAAGUGGUGGCGCUCAGAGGCGGGCUCAGCACGAUCUUAAAAAAUGUGAUUGACUGCCAAUUAAGUCGAAUAAACGAAGCCCUCAUCACCACAGUCCUGCACCUCCUUAAUCAUCCAAAGACUCGUCAGUAUGUGCGCGCUGACGUAGAAUUAGAGCAAAUCUUGGCGCCAUACACAGAUUUUCACUACAGACACAAUCCGGACACCGCUGAGGGGCAGCUGAAAGAGGACAGAGAGGCCAGAUUCCAGGCGAGCAAACUGGGAAUUGUAGCUACAUUCCGAUCGUGGGCAGGUAUCAUCAGCCUGUGCAAGCCUGGAAACUCCGGCAUCCAGUCUCUGAUAGGAGUUCUUUGUAUACCAAACAUGGAAAUACGGCGAGGUCUUCUUGAGGUACUGUAUGAAAUAUUUCGCCUCCCUCUUCCUGUUGUAACAAAGGACUUUAUUGAGGCCCUGUUAAGUGUAGACCCAAGUCGCUUUCAAGAGUCUUGGAGGCUUUCGGAUGGAUUUGUAGCAGCCGAAGCUAAAGAUAUUCUUCCACAUCGGGCACGUUCCAGGCCUGAUCUCAUGGACAAUUAUCUGGCCCUCGUACUAUCUGCUUUCAUUACUAACAGUCUACUGGAGGGGCUGGUGGAGGUGAUUACAAGCAGCGACGACGAUGUAUCGGUCAGAGCCACCAUCAUCCUUGGGGAACUCCUACACAUGGCCAACACAAUCCUUCCCCAUUCACACAGCCACCACUUACACUGCUUACCAACGCUAAUGAACAUGGCUGCGUCAUUUGACAUCCCCAAGGAGAAAAGACUACGAGCUAGUGCGGCUUUAAACUGCUUGAAACGCUUCCAUGAAAUGAAGAAACGAGGCCCCAAACCGUACAGCCUGUAUCUGGAUCACAUUGUGCAGAAGGCAAUCACUACUCAUCAGAAAAGGGAUCAGCACCUACGUAUCCAGAAAGACAUAUUCAUACUGAAGGAUACAGAAGAAGCUUUGGUGAUGAACCUACGGGACAGUCAGGUCCUCAAUCACAAAAAUAACCUCGAGUGGAACUGGAAUCUCAUAGGGACCAUUCUUAAGUGGCCGAAUGUGAAUUUGAGAAACUGUAAAGACGAGCAGCUGCACAGGUUUGUACGGCGGCUACUGUAUUUCUACAAGCCCAGCAGCAAGCUCUAUGCCAAUUUGGAUUUGGAGUACAGUAAAGCCAAGCAGCUGACGGUGGUAGGAUGCCAGUUCACAGACUUCCUGCUGGAGUCAGAGGAGGAUGGACAAAGUUACCUCGAAGAGCUUGUGAAAGACAUUGUACUGUGGUUAACGUCCUCAUCAGGAAUGAAACAAGAGCGCAGUCUCCAGAACAACGGCUUACUGAACACACUCAGCCAACACUACUUCCUCUUCAUCGGUGCUCUCUCCUGCCACCCCCACGGCGUCAAGAUGCUGGAGAAGUGCAAUGUGUUUCAGUGUCUCCUAAAUCUUUGCUCACUUAAAAACCAAGACCACUUAUUGAAGCUGGCGGUGUCUAGCCUGGAUUACAGCCGAGAUGGGCUCGCCAGAGUUAUCCUGUCCAAAACCUUAACCGCAUCCCCUGAUAGUUGUCGUCUGUAUGCUACAAAGCACUUGCGGGUUCUCCUGAGAGCCAACGUUGAGUUCUUCAGCAACUGGGGUAUUGAGUUACUGGUGACACAGCUCCAUGACAAAAACAAGAAUAUCUCAACCGAAGCCCUAGACAUCUUGGACGAGGCCUGUGAAGAUAAGGCUAAUCUUCACGCUCUCAUCCAGAUGAAGCCUGCCCUCUCUCACCUCGGAGAUAAGGGCCUGCUGCUUCUACUGAGGUUCCUGUCAAUUCCAAAGGGUUUUUCCUACCUGAAUGAAAGGGGUUAUGUAACCAAGCAGCUGGAGAAGUGGCAGAAGGAGUAUAAUCUAAAAUAUGUUGAUCUAGUAGAGGAGCAGCUUAACGAGGCUUUGACCACCUACCGGAAGCCUGUUGAUGGUGAUAAUUAUGUCCGGCGCAGUAAUCAUAGAGUGCAGCGCCCCUAUGUGUAUUUACCCGUUCACUUGUAUGGGCAGCUGGUACAUCACAAAACUGGGUGUCAUCUCUUGGAGGUCCAGAACGUUGUUCCAGAUCUCAGUUACCUGGUUCGAUCGCCAUCAUUAGAUAAGUGGGAUGGAAUCAAACAACUUAAAGGCGCUCUUUGGUCAUUGGGUAACAUUGGUUCUUCUAACUGGGGUCUUAACUUGCUUCAGGAGGAAAAUGUGAUACCAGAUAUUGUUGCACUUGCUCAGCACUGUGAAGUGCUCUCAAUACGGGGAACCUGUGCUUAUGUUCUUGGUCUGCUUUCCAAAACGAAGCAAGGAUGCAAUAUACUGAAGCAACACAACUGGGAUGCGGUGAGGCACAGCCGAAGACACCUGUGGCCGGUUGUUCCAGAUGACUUGGAACAAAUCUGUAACGAGCUGUCCUCUAUACCCAGUACGCUCAGCUUGAACUCCGAGUCGACCAGCUCGCGGCAUAACAGCGAGAGCGAAUCUGCACUUCCUAGCAUGUUCAUCAUUGAGGACGAUCGUUACGGUAAUUCUUCUACUAGCCCCUUCUUUUUCACAGAGGACACUGAGCAAACAUUCUACGACAAACCUCUAAAGGACAAGGACCGAAGCCCCUUCACGCUUCUUGCACAAAGCAAGUUUGUUAAAAAUCGUUUUUUAAAUUCAUUGACUCUGCCAAGUAAGAAGUUUCGGAGCAGCAGCAGUAGCGACCCCAAAACCAAUAAACUCUUUGCGGAAACCAAACCGGGGUUGAGGCGGAACCGAACGGUCACCGAGCCCUGCUCGAAUUCCGAGUUCAACUCCAUGGAUAGUUUAGGUUCCGUGUUCAAAGUUCCCAAAAUAAACACCAUCCGCUUGGAUACUUCUGUCAGUAAACACAUAGACGACAACGGCAGCACACCCAGUAUUACAGAAAAUGAUCUCAAGCUUCCAAAAAGCCUAGGGAACGAGAACCACAGAGACCACGCGAGCAGAGAGAGGCUAAUAGGCGACGGCACCACGAAUACACACUUCAAGAGCCGUAGCCUAAGCUUCAAUACAGACACCACAACGAGUGGUAUAAGCUCUAUGAGUUCUAGCCCUUCCAGAGAGACUGUGGGAAUAGACACUACAAACCUCGAUACCGACUGUGGGAGCUUGAGUACAGUCAUAAGCACCAAAACAGUCAAACCCAGCCUGCCAUCUAUGCUGCACCCCAAUCACUUACCCCUUUCAAAGUCUAACUCUGUGUCCUUGGCCCCUCUGGGCUCUUUCCAUACACUUCCUCGGAGGGCGCAGUCUCUCAAGGCACCUUCCAUUGCUGCCAUAAAGACUUUAGCAGAUUAUAACUUUAGCUAUACAAGUUCGCGAGAUGCUUUCGGCUACGCUACACUGAAACGGCUACAGCAGCAGCGGAUGCAUCCUUCAUUGUCGCAUUCAGAAGCUUUGGCUUCUCCAGCCAAAGAUGUGCUCUUCACCGAUACCAUAACCAUGAAGACGGGAAGCUUAGACUCCAGACUAACAUCAAGCAGGUUCAUGAAGGCAUUAAGUUACGCCUCCCUAGAUAAAGAAGACUUGCUGAGUCCGAUAAACCAAAACACUCUCCAACGUUCCUCUUCUGUCCGCUCCAUGGUGUCCAACGCAACCUAUGGCAGCUCAGAUGACUAUAUCGGGUUAGCUUUGCCAAUGGAUAUCAAUGAUAUGUUUCAGGUUAAGGAAACUCCUUAUUUUCAGAAGACGAUGAUGCCUUUAAGUGAAGAGUAUGCUCCUAAAUUGUUUGCACCCGAAGUAGGAGGUAGUACAGGAUCUGGGGUUAAAAGCCCGUACCAGGCAUUACGGCAGCAAUUCAGUAUUACUGAAAUAAUGAACUCCAGUCGCUCGGAUGCUUCCCAAUUCCUAGAAAACAUGGAAGACACCGGCCUGCAGGAGCACACGAAUGAUAACUGCCUGUACUGCGUGGGUAGCCAGAUAACGGGUUACAAUCACGGUAACCUGUUAAACGACUAUAGUCGUUUAGACUUUCCUGACAUUCCAUAUUCUGACUGGUGUGCACAUACCAUCCCCAAUCAUUUAGAGGUGGUGUCCCAUUCUUCAAAGUAUUCUGGAAUUUCAGGGUGUAGCGAUGGUGGUUCCCAGUGCUCUGCAAGCAGUACCAAGAGUACGGAGCUAGUCCUCGGAGGAAAAUCUAUUCCAGAAGAUACACCUGUGUGCCGGAUAUUGCUGCGGAAAGAGGUCUUAAGGCUCGUCAUUAAUCUAAGUAGCUCCGUAGGAACAAAGAGUCAUGAAACAGGACUUCUAACGAUUAAGGAGAAGUUCCCACAAACGUUUGAUGACAUCUGCCUCUACUCUGAGGUGUCCCACUUAUUAGCGCACUGCACGUUCCGGCUCCCGUCUCGGAGGUUUAUUCAGGAGCUGUUUCAAGAUGUACAGUUUCAGAUUAUGCACGAAGAAGCAGAGUGUCUCCUAGCAGUCCCACCAAAGCAACCAGUACUUGUGGUCGAUGCAGAGUCCUGACCUGAUACUCCUAUAAUAGACUGAAAAUGGCGGACCUUGCCUGGCUGUGACCGGCCCGCAAAGGCAGGAGCACCUUCCCUCCAUCCGUACAGAGCGCUACAUGCACUGGGAAUAAAGAACCCUAGUUUUUCUUUUAACCUGAACAGCGUUGGUUUAUUUCACCCUCUAAACAUGGGAGUCGUCUUUCUCUUUAACGCAAACGUGUGGGUAUUCCUACCAGGACACACAACUUUGUAUGCAAGAGCCGAGCACUGAAACGCCCACACAGAUGACGUGUAAAUAGUCGUUUGGAAGACACCCAUCCUUUCUCCAUCUGCAGUAUAAUACCUUGUACAUGGACUUUUUGUUACAGUUUGGUAUUUUCCUGCAUGGCCCUUCCAAUAACGACCUGCCAAGGUUCUAGGGACAACCCUCAGGGAGCAAGAACCCUGUGAUGCAUUUUAGCGAAACACUACUUGGAUGGGAGAGGGGGUGGGAACUGGGGGGACGUAUGUGGUCUCCUUUCAUAAAUAGGGAGAUGGCGGUAACCCUCUGCAAUUUCCUAUUUAUUACCGUAUCCACAAUAGUAUGUUUAAUCCUCCUAUUGCCACUGCAUUUAUCUACGCAUAGCUUUUACAGAAAUACUUAUUUCAUUUCCGGAUAAGUUAUGCAUCGUGUACUGUUGAUACCGACUGAUGAUCUCUUCUACUUCUCCAUCUUACGAGGCUAGCAAGCGUUGGACGCCCAUUCUUCGCCCAUCACCGUUGUCCACAAGCGUCUAAUCUAUUGUAAUCGAUAGGAUAAAUCUUCCUCCCUGAUACAUUUCAAUGCUACUGUACAUCGUAGGUCUCAUGAGAAACGAGCAAGAAAUUGGUCAUUUUGCACAUUCCGUGAGAAGACAAAAGACAAUCUCUUAUCAAGCUUAGUUCUGUUUUAUUUAUCAUGUCACUAUAUGACCUUACAAGACUGCUAGAAGGAUACUGGACAGGCCGGAGAGAAUUCUAGCACAAAAUUGUCUGUCUGUAUUUUUGUUUUCCUCUUCCUUUAUUUAAUGCCAGUGUUCUUUUGAAAUAGAUUUGCACAAGACAAAUUUAUACGAUGUAUUUGAUCGGAGGAGGCUGAUGGCUUUGAUAAAUGCACCUUUUUUUCUUUUUUCUUUUGUUUAGCGUUUUUUUGUUAUUGUUUAUACAUAUCUAUCUGAAAUUCGAUGGUAAAUGUUCUGAAUUUAAACUUUUUGUUGCCAGACUUAAUCGACCGUUUGCAGAGCAAAGUGUUGAACCUUGUCUGGCAGCUAAAGGGUGAAGAUAUGCAAAUAUGUAUAUACGUGGCAUGGACAACUUCACUACAUUGUGCGUAUGUAACUCACAUUUUAUCAUGUUGAAUGGCUUGAGUGUAUGUAUAUAUCAUCCAGCUGGACUGUUAGAAUCUGUGCAAAUGAUGACUUAAAGUGUGAACUGAGCAGUGUAAAUCUUCAUCACAAACUAUGUCCUAUUUGCUGACCAGAAAUCAGAGGUUGGCAAACACAGUGAUAUUGAAACUUUGUUUCCAUAUGUGAAACAAUGUAUAAAAUGCAAUUAAAUUGUAUAAUUUAAAAUGAA